AUUCAUAAUUAUCUAUGAAUUUCUACUCGAUAGAUUUUGAAGACUAAUAUUAAUAAGAAUUAGUUGAAGAACCAUUAGCAGAAUCAUCACAAUAAUAAAUGUACUUCGAUUAUGAUCAAAGUAUACAACACGAACCAGAGUAACUAAUAACUUUUGAUGGGUAUUUAUAAGAGGAGCCUGUCCUUUUAUUUAAUUUUGCUGAGGAAGCUCCAAAAAAAAAAUCUAAACUAAUUAACAGAAAAUCAAAAAAAGUAAAAAAGGCUGAUUCUGAAACAGAUGUUUCAUAAGGCAAAAGAUCAAAACCUCGUAUCACAAACAGUGACUUUUUGAAACUUUAACAAUGUUAAAGACUAAAAACAAUCAUCACUUAGAUGGAGUCUCUUCUUAAGCAAACAAGAACUUAAAUUCUGAACCAAUACAUUAAAAAUCACUCUUAAUGAGUUCUUUCUUGAUUAUUUUAUAUCGAGUUAUAUAUCUAUUCAAUUAUUAACAAAAUACUCUAC